AUGCCUCCGUCACCUUCAGUGCAGCAAUCGCCAGUGACCCAGGUAACGUCGCCGGCGCUGGGAGCUGCGGGGUCCCCGUUGCAGACACCAGGGCCUCUCAUUGCCAGCGCUAGUGGUGGUGUGGAGGCCGCGGGUCGACGGCACGAAACGACCAGAAUGCGCUCGUCCAUUGCUUGCUCUAGAUGCCGACGCAGCAAGACCAAAUGCGACAACAAUGGCACUCGCGACAGUACUGGUGCUCUCGCAGCCUGUAAAUCGUGUGAGGCUAGCGGGAAGUUCUGCGAAUAUCCUGCGCCGCAGCCUCCAGCAACCAGUCAACCUCAUCGACGUGAAAGUUCAGCAAUAAUGGCUGGCGAUGAGUUACCUGUCAAGAAACGCAAGCGACCUUUUGUGUCACCUAUAGUAGGAGGCACUCCGAUUCGUACCAAAGGGGAUGCUCUUUGUUCGCCGCUGCUGACACCCAAAGUCUGGGACGAGCUUUGGGCGAUCUACGAAAAGCAUUAUGCGAUGGAGUUCCCAUUUUUACAUAAGAGGACGUUUCUCGGUCCUCUCCAGCGACUACCAACGGUUCAGUACUCAGAGACGGCGCCUCAGUCUCCCAGCCAGCACACCCACGAUCCUGCCUUAGUCCUAGCAUUCUUGACACUGACUUCCCCAUUUCACCCCGAGCUUAUUGCGCAAAACGAAAAACCUGCUGAUACCGCCACUUUCUAUGCAACAGCCGGUCGCGCGUGCUUUGAUUGGUCGUUUGACCGUAAAGGUGAAGCGGCUAUGCAACAAGCUCAGGCGUUACUCAUGAUCGGCUAUCACGAGUGGACCGCAUGUAAGGGUUACAGUGGGUACAUGCUGAUUCGAACGGCGGUUGCUCUUGCGCAAAGGGAUGGCUUACAAUUCGAUGAAGACCUGGACGCGGGACACCAAGGAGAAGAUGCAGCCUUGAGACGAGACCGCUUCAUCCGACAAGAAUCCCGGCGCCGCACAUUCUGGAGUUGCUUCAUCAUCGACCGCUACCUGAGCAUAGGAAAACGACGGCCUAAGAUCCUACAGAUAGAAGACCUCUAUGGUCAAAUUCAAGUCCCUUGUAGCGACAAGAACUUCAUUUCAGGUCGGGCGGUCAGGACUAAGUUCUUCGGAGAAACCGACGCGGAGUAUGCAAAGCGGCGCAAGGAGACCGACGAGAAGGCCAUGAAACGCAACGGCGGGCACAAAGCGGAAAGAAUCGAAUGGGAGGACCGUGAUGAUGAUGGUAUGCUCGGCCGCUACAUGUUUGCACUCGAACACUUCUCCGAUGUGAACAAAUGGGCGAACAACGGAGGUAGACGAUCUGAAACGGAGCAUAUUGGACCGUGGAAUACCAAGACAACAUAUUACCAUCUCGAUAAACGCCUUCGAGAGAUCAGGGACGAUCUUCCGGAGGAGCUCCGGCUCACGUCCAUCAACACGGAAAAUCACGUCUAUGGUGCGCCUUCUGCAACGUCACGAACAUACUUUAUGAUACACGCGAUCCUCAUGCUCUCGGCAACAUAUCUGGCACCCGAAUACAUGCCAACGUUUGGUUUCAGGUUGACGAAGCCACAAGGUCCGAUGGACGAACCAUCGGUGACCGAGCCAUUGCCAGACGACCAGCCCGACUACUGGGUUGAGAAGGCCAAGGAGUGUUUCGAAUAUGUGAGGGAUUUUGUGAGUGUGCUUCAAUCCUUCAAGGAAAGGGGCCUGGUCGUGGAGUCGCCCUUCAUGGGACACGCGGUCUGGAGAGCGGCAUGGGCAGCCAUGUACUGCCACCAUGUUCCAAAGAUGGAUCCGUCGCAUGCGUUGAAGUCCAAAUCUGAGCCAAAUGCAUGGGACAUCACGAAUCAGGUCCUGGACAGCAUGAAAAAGAAGUACAAGAUUUCAGACUUCUACUCCAGCCAACUAGCGACUGUGACGAGCUAUUAUGCCGAGAAACGAAAAGCAUGGUUGAAUAACGGCGGAUCCCCACAGAGCACAGUCAGCGAAAAUGAUGGUGGAUUACACGAAUAUGCGGAGAAGUUCGAGGCAGCGCACAAAGCAUUUGGGAGCUUUCAGAUUAACGACAUAGCAUUUUCUGCCGAUAAGCACUACAGCAGGUUGAGCACGCUCGAGCAGGAAGAAGAGCCGGAGGAAUCUGGGACGCCACCCAGCCCUGUUGUGUCUUUCAAGACCGAGGGAGAAGAGCCUCGCCGAAGCGCAUCGACUGCUCCAUCGACCACCACCACCCCAUUCACGACUGUCAAUCCAAACGCGACCGUCCCAGUACCGAAGGAGCAGCCCAAUGGGACUGCCGAUAUAUCAAAUGGUGUUCCAACACCGUACGGACCUCCUACAUCUCAAGGGCAACUGCAGCAGCAACAGCCACCGCAGUCUUAUAAUAAUCAGCCAUACGGACCGCCGCCGGCUUUCAAUUACCCCAGUGGCACACCUGGUUAUCCUCCGUCCACUUCUCAAUAUAGCCUUCCAACAACCUACGCUCAAACCUCGGGUCCCAGUCACGGGUCAGGCAAUGGCUCGUACGACCCUCACGCCUUGAUGAUGCUAGAGACGGAGGGCAACAGGUCGCUCUCCACCAACGACGUACCACUCUUUGAGAUGAGCUCGUACUUGCAAGGCCAACAAUACUUUUCAACCAUGGGCUACCCACUUGAACAGCAACAACAGCACAUGCCAUACGGUCCGUACACGUAUAACAAUGCGUGGACUCCCGAUGGCUAA